AUGUCUUCUUUAACUUUCACGGAGGUAGCAUCCAGCUUCUUCAGCCUCGCUUACCGCAAUCCCAAACCUUUCACGCUCUCACUUCAAACCACUCUCCUCCCUCUUCUACGCAGAACAACCACUCGUUCCCAAUCUCUAACCUGCUCUCUCUCCGCACCAUUCCCUCUCAGACCCGCUCGCCGCUUCACCGUCGCCGCCACCACCGCUGCGCCGCCUCAUUCCGAGGACUCCGACGUUUCCACCGUAAUUCCCCCUGACAAUCGCAUUCCGGCAACCAUCAUCACCGGCUUCCUCGGUUCCGGCAAGACGACACUGCUGAACCAUAUUCUGACAGCGGAGCAUGGAAAGCGCAUUGCGGUUAUUGAGAAUGAGUUUGGUGAAAUUGAUAUAGAUGGCUCUUUGGUCGCGGCAAAAGCUGCUGGUGCUGAAGAUAUUAUGAUGCUGAACAAUGGCUGUCUUUGCUGUACUGUGAGGGGUGAUCUUGUCCGAAUGAUUUCUGAAUUAGUUGCUAAGAAGAAAGGAAAGUUUGACCAUAUUGUUAUUGAGACUACAGGUUUGGCGAAUCCAGCGCCAAUAAUCCAGACCUUUUAUGCGGAGGAAAAUAUUUUUAAUGAAGUCAAAUUGGAUGGCGUUGUUACUCUAGUUGAUGCAAAGCAUGCUGGUUUUCAUCUUGACGAGGUUAAGCCAAAAGGUGUGGUCAAUGAGGCUGUGGAACAAAUUGCAUAUGCGGAUCGUAUUAUCGUAAAUAAGACUGACCUAGUUGGUGAACCAGAUAUUGCUUCUUUGGUCCAGCGGAUAAGGAAAAUAAACAGCUUGGCCAACUUAAAGCGGACAGAAUAUGGAAAAGUUAACUUGGAUUAUGUUCUUGGCAUUGGGGGCUUUGAUUUGGAGAGGAUUGAGAAUUCCAUUAAUGAUGAAGGUGCAAAAGAAGAUCAUGACCAUAGCCAUGACCACGAGCACGAGCACCACGACCAUGGGCAUGAGCACCAUGACCAUGAUCAUCACCAUGACCACAAGCAUGAACACCAUGAUCACCACUCUCAUGAUCAUACUCACGAUCCUGGUGUGUCAUCCGUCAGCAUAGUUUGUGAAGGGAGCUUAGACCUUGAGAAGGCUAACAUGUGGCUUGGUAACUUGUUACUGGAUCGGAGUGAAGACAUUUAUAGGAUGAAGGGUCUUCUAUCUGUUGAAGGAAUGAACGAGAGAUUUGUCUUUCAGGGAGUUCAUGACAUAUUUCAAGGAUCACCUGAGAGGUUGUGGGGUGCGGAUGAACCAAGGAUAAACAAAAUUGUAUUCAUUGGGAAAAACUUGGAUGGUAAGGAAUUGGAAAAAGGAUUCAAGGCAUGUUUAAUAUGAUACGAAGAAACUGCAUACACUGCUUUGAAGUAUGUAUCUCUCCGUUGCCCAUUGAUGCACGUUGAAGCUAUGAGUAUGCCGAUAUACCACUUAGACCGUCCAGAUAUAUAUUGUGAAGAAUGUUCCAUUUUUACAUUCAGUUUUACUUGGUUCUUCAAAUGUGACUGAGUUUUAACUUAUUUUUCCUUGGUUGUUUCAUGAGCUUAAAUUUUGUUAAGAAGAAUCAUCCGAGAACAUUGAACUUGUACAGAUCAAAGAACCUUGAUAAAAAUUAAUGAGAACAUGAAUAUAUUCAUGUAAGCAAUAGAUGUUAGACCUACUAAAAA